AUGCGUUCCUUCAAGUCCAAAGUGCUGUCAGCCUGCGCCUGGGCGGCACCUGUACUCGCCGGCGUCAUACCUCAACACGAGCGUUACGCUGCUCGCGCCGACGGAAAUCUUUUGCAGCUAGACCUUCAACAGAACUACGCGCAAGCUACCUUCAGUGUCCCCUGCACUGGGUGUCUUGGCCGCGAUCACACGGACCAGGAUGACGAGUCUUUGACCUUGAGCUUCACCAGUCAUGCCCAGGAUCAAGCUUGUGGUUCUUCCAACAUUACCCUAAACGGCCUUCAUCUUCCCCAAGAGUGGAACGGCGACUUCGCAUCUGGUUCCGGUUCCUACCAAGGCGUUACCGACCUCACACAGAAUGAAUGGUUUCUGCAGCACGACUUGGAUCUCGAAUGGCAGACAGCCUGUCUUCGUGAUAACUUGGAAACGGAAGAAGCAGCCCAAGUAGUAACGGUCAACAUCAAGGCCAUCGACGGCAAGCAAGUCACCAAACCUGCCGGAUUUACGAUCUCGUUCAAACCGCAGACAUCACCGCCUUCCCUACUCAGACUUGAGUCUGUCCCCAACCCUUCGGCGAGCAACAAAGACGUAGCUGAAUCCUGGCGCAAACCUCCUCGGUUGUUGCGUCUGGCCUUCCACAACGUCACCGAAACUUCAAAAGCGAAGGGCAGAAUCCCGUCUCUUAAGGACGACAUCCGCGAAUUGAAAGUUCUCCAGAGGGAACUCAAAGAGCUCGAAUCCCUUAUCGCCGAGAAGAAGAAGCAGAUUCAUUCAGUUCUAAGGCAAGAAGCGAAGGAACUAUCGCAUCAAUUGGGUGAAUGUGACGGCGUCUCCUGCAUCGUACAGACUAUCGCCCAUGAAGCAAAGUGUGUUUGGGAAAUCGUAUCCUUCCAUUUCAAACCCGAUCAACGAUUGAAAGAGAUGAACAGCCCCGAGCAAGUGUUCGCGCAGGCACACGGUCAUGCUGCACAGGUGGCACAGAUCUCUGGAAGUCACCUGAAAGCCGUGACUUCAACACCCCAGGUAUACGAGGCUCAAGCAAACGAACUGCCACCUCGUCCACCUAAGCCAUCACCCUACCUUCUCGCCCUCGAGAUCACCCUGGGUGUUCUCUGCUGCGGCUGCCUAGUCGCCGUCAUCCGCCACAAGUGCAGCAGCCUGCGAACAAGGACCGAGCGUGCCGCAGCCCGAGAAGAACGUCUCAACGCCCGCGCCUACCGCCGAGCAGCCCGCCAACACGCAUGGCGCAGCUGGUGGCGUGGUAACUGGGCACGGCGCGACAACCAACGUAUCGCCGACUACGAAGAGAAACGGGCGCUGAUCUCAGAGCAAGAGGGUGUGCUCGAAGACGCGAUGCAAGAAGAGAUCAGGCAGCUAAGGGAUGCUCAUGAUGUCGUCAGCGACCUUGUCCGAGACGCCGAAGAAGGCAGGGCAAUCAACCACACCCCCUGCGAUUGUCAACGUCAACGGCCUCGCGCUCCGUACUCGCCCCUCUCCACAGCAUCGACAUACCCACCAACCUCACUCCCGGAGAUUCCCUCAAGGCCGCUUUCCCGAACAGACAGUCUACCAAGUUACCGUUCAGAGCCCACCGAGCCUCCAAGCUACGAGUCUGAUCUUGAGGCCUCGGAGGUCGUAGCGAAUGGCUUCAGGCAAUACACUACUGCAUCUACUACGUCUGAACGGAGUUCGCAUUGGACGCCCGAUAGUAGUGUUGUUGAUGUGAGCCCCAGGCCGAGCGCAGAGACGCUCAGGUAUCCUGUCAGCAUACUGACGCUUGAUGAAGAGUCGGACGCAGACUGA